CAUGCGAUAAAUUAAUUCCCAAAUCCUCCGCCUCCGAAAACCCCACUAAUUUUUUUUUCCUGCGACUCGCCGCCUCUUAUUCCCCUCCGCUUCCUGGCUGCCGCCGCUGCUCCCCAAGUCACCAGUCCGUCUAUCUGUUCGGCUUGGCAUACCCUCUUUCCCCAGCGGGAAAGAUACACAACAUGGAAGAGAAAUCCACCCGCAAAGAGCGCAGAAAAGAAGCUCGCUCAGCCAGGAAUAAGAAAAAGUUUGAUUCAUGGAUCCACCAUCGACAAUCAAAGGUUGUUAAUUUAGAGUCGAAGUCUGAGAAGGCAGGGAAGCGACUUAAGAACAAUGAAAAUGAUGGUAGCACUAUGCAACCUGAGAUGGUGGAGAUAUCCAAAACUAAAACAAGGGAGUCGACAACUAGUGAGGCAACUAGACUCUCUCGUACUUCACGAAACUCAGAAGCGAAAAAGGAGUUGAAACGGAAGAGGAGUUUAGAUAAAACUUCAAAAGCCAACUUCUUUAACUUCCUAGAUAUGGAAACGAAUGGAAUAAUGGCAUCAGCAGAGGAGGAUAUGCGUUUGGAGAGGAGACUUGCAAAGAAGCUCAAGGUGAAGAGUGGGAGGUUGACUAAUGCCAAUGAUGAUAUGGAUAUGUUGCUUGAAGGUAUACCAUCUAUGACUGAAAGUCUUGGGAAAAUUGGAAAAGAGGAUAAAACUGCCCGGGAUACUGCUAGUUAUUUGAAAACUAAAAUGCCUGAUUCAGUUGAUAAAGACUUAGAUGAUGAAAUUUCAUCUGAUGAAGGCAUUCAAGAGUCCAAUUUACUAACUAGCGACGAGGAGCUCGAUGAUGUGGUCUCACCUAAAGAUUCCCCUAUUUCAUCUGAUGAAGGCAGUGAAGAGUCUGAUUCCCUAACUAGCGAUCAGGAGCAUGAGGAUGAGUAUCUUGCUACAGAUUAUCGAAAGAAAAACCUUGAAACUAGCAGAUUAUUAAAAAAACAUGGCAAUUCCAGUUCAUCUGAACAAGGACAAGAAGUAUCUGGACCUCCAAAGACCGUCUCCUCCGAGGUAGCCUUGGAUAAAUUACCUAACAAGGGAACAGGGAAAUAUGUGGCUCCCCAUCUUAGAUCUCAUGGUGUAAAUGAAUCGGCUGAAUAUGCUGAAGUGCGUAGAAGAUUACGAGGACUUCUCAAUAGGCUUUCUGAGACCAAUGUGGAGUCGAUCACCAGUGAAAUUUCGGCUCUCUUUCAAUCUGUAGGCCGUGCUGUUGGUACCCAGAUCGUAAGUGAAGAGAUUGUGUCCUCUUGUUCUGGAGGCCCUCGUGGAAACGAACAGUAUGCUGCAGUUUUUGCAGCAUUUGUUGCUGGAAUGGCUUGUUUGGUUGGGAUGGACUUUGGUGCCAAACUUCUUGCACGUCUUGCAAAUUGUUUUGAGGAAGAGUAUAUGAAAGAAGACAAUCUCUCGUUGCGGAAUUUGACUCUUUUGUUAUCUCAUUUAUAUGUUUUUGGAGUCUGCUCCAGUGAAUUGAUCUAUGAUUUCCUGAUAAUGCUGGGCAAGCGAUUAACUGAGGUUGAUGUUUCGACAGUCCUGACAGUGUUGCAGUGUUGUGGGAUGAAGUUGCGAGGGGAUGAUCCUGUUGGCAUGAAAACUUUCAUUCACAAUAUUCAGAGUAGGGUUAAUGAGUUGAAGGCCUCUGCUGUAUCCGGGCAAUCAAAUCUAAACAGCAAAAGAAUGGAGUUUAUGAUUGAUACCAUAUGUGACAUAAAGAACAACAAGAAGAGAUCGAAAGACGAAACUGUACAGCACACACGGAUAAAGAAGUGGCUACAGAAGUUCAGGGUUGAUGAUAUAUUAAUACGAGGUUUGAAAUGGAGCAAGCUUCUUGAUCCUAACAAGAAAGGUCAGUGGUGGUUGUCUGGAGAUAUUGCUUCAACUACUGAAAAUAUUGAAGAGGUUGCUGGGACAAUUGAUAAAGAGAUCCCCGAAACCAAAAAGAUGUUACAGCUUGCAGCAUCAAUGAGGAUGAAUACAAGUGCAAGAAGAGCGAUUUUUUGUGUAAUUAUGAGUGGAGAGGACUAUAUUGAUGCGUUUGAGAAACUUCUUGGACUUGACUUGCCAGGAAAGCAGGAUCGAGAGAUCAUGCGCGUACUUGUGGAGUGCUGUCUACAAGAGAAAGUAUUCAAUGAAUACUACUGUAUUCUUGCAUCUAAGCUAUGCAGCCAUGACAAAAACCACAAGUUCACUUUACAGUAUUGCCUAUGGGAUCACUUCAAGGAACUGGAGUCAAUGUCACUGAUCAGAUCGAUGCAUUUAGCAAAAUUUACUGCAAGGAUGGUCGAGUCUUUUAGCCUUUCAUUAGCAGUUUUGAAGGCUGUUGAUUUGAGUGACCCUGCAAAUCUGACUCCAAAAAGGAUCAUGCAUUUCCGGAUGCUAUUUGUGGCCAUAUUCGAGUUCUCAGAUAAGAAAGUUUGGAAUAUUUUCACGCGUAUCGCUGUGACUCCUGAAUACGAAGCUCUUAGGAGUGGGGUUGAGCUUUUCAUAAGCAAAUAUGUCUUAAGCGGUCAAAAGUCACUGGCGAGCAAGUUCAGGAUUGCAAAGAAGGCUCUUAACAACAUUGAAGGUGUUGUGAUGUGAAUUUGCUUAACUGUACCGCAUUUCUAUGUACUGGUUUCAUUUAUUCGACAGCGACCAGGUUUUUGUAGGAUACAAGUUAUUUAUUGCCUUAGAUCAUAUUUGUAGUCUUUUUGGUUUACUUCGAAGUAGACUAGAAUUGAAUCAUUAUAGAUAUUGAGUUUUAAAACCCUUGCCAUUAUAGUAGACAUUGGAAUUUUUUGUAUCCCGACACAUUUUUGUUGUGAGAAAAUCAAAUGCAAUAUAAAUAUGUGGUAAAGCUUGUUUACUCUUUCUA